AUGGUGGAUCCACGAGUCGGUGGAGCUGGCGGCGGGGCGGCUGCGGCUGCUGCUGCCGGUGGCGUUGCUGUGGUACCGGUUACUUUCACGUUUGAGCCGUUCAAUGCUGCGACAUCGAAGUUUGACCGAUGGUUGGAGCGGCUGCAAGUUUCUUUCCGGAUUUACCACGUUCCAGACGCCGACAAACGCGAUUACCUGCUUCAUUACAUGGGCGGCGCUACCUACGACGUGCUCUGCAACAAGCUGAAGAACGAAAAGCCUGAAACGAAAACGUUCGACGAACUUGUGGCUCUUCUGAAGGACCAUUUCAGUCCGGUUCCUUUGGAAAUUUUGGAAAAUUUCAAGUUCGCGAGCCGCAAGCAGUUGGAGCACGAAUCCCUGAGCGAGUACCUGAUGGAUUUGGAGAAACUCGCCCAAACAUGCAACUUCGAGGACCACUUGGACAAAGCCAUCCGGAACCAGUUCGUUUUCGGAAUCCGGAACCGUGUGAUACAGUCGCGGCUACUGGAAAUUCGGAACCUGACGCUGGCGAAGGCAAAAGAAAUCGGAUUCGGAAUGGAGAUGUCUCACCGCGGAACCGACGAAAUGCAUGGUUCCCGAUCGAAGAGCGAGGUGCAGCACAUCGAGCACGGAUCCAAGAAGACGAGGAAGAAGAAGAGUUUCCAGUCGUCGAGUCAAGCAAGUUCCCACCACCAACCAAGCAAAUCGGAUGGACGGAAGAAGCAGUGCUUUCGCUGUGGGGACCCAGACCACUUCGCGGACAAGUGCAGGCACAAGUCGACUGUCUGCAACAGCUGUAAGAAGAAGGGGCACCUGGAGAAGGUUUGUCUCUCGAAGGCCAAGGAGAAGAAAGGGACGGAUGAUGCACACCACCUGGAGGAGCCGUGCGUCAUCAAGGACGUUUUUCAUCUGAGCGCGGUUCAAGGUCUUGCGGGUAAGUUUCUGUUGAAUUUGACGAUUAAUCACAGAGAGCUCACAUUCGAGGUCGACACCGGAUCGCCCGUAUCCCUCAUAAAUGUACGUGACAAACGACAGUACUUUAACGACUUGGACAUUCUCCCCACGACUACACGGCUCGUAAGUUACUGCGAUAAUGAUAUCGGUGUACUCGGUAAAAUUAUGGUAAAUGUUGUUGCCAAUGGUGAGGAGCUCACACUGCCUCUGCACGUCGCAGAAUCUAGCAGGCAUCCCCUGCUGGGACGCGAUUGGUUACUUGCCAUGAAUUUGGAUUUCAAUCGCGUUUUCAGACCCGGUACACAUUCGGUUUCUUACUGUGGCGGCAAGGAUCAAUCCACCGCCAGUGCGUUAAAUGCUUUGCUUGACAAGUUCUCACAUAUUUUCGAUGAACGUGUGGGUAAAAUUGAGGGUGUACAAGCUUCGUUGACUGUUCGUAAAGAUACAAAGCCAGUCUACGUGAAGGCAAGGCCAGUUGCAUUUGCGGUACGGGACGCGGUCGAUAAAGAGAUUGACCAGUUUGUGGGCGAUGGCAUCUGGGAAAGGGUGGACCACUCAGAGUGGGCCACUCCUGUCGUUGCAGUGAGAAAGGCUGGCGGUAGGGUACGAUUGUGCGGUGAUUAUAAAAUCACAUUGAAUCCGCACUUGCUUAUUGAUGACCAUCCUCUUCCUACAGUUGAAGAACUGUUUGCGACUGUCGCCGGGGGAGAGACGUUCUCUAAACUUGAUUUGUCUCAAGCCUAUUUGCAACUUGAGGUUCGCCCGGAAGAUAGGGAUUUGCUUACGUUGAGUACCCAUAGGGGUCUUUUCCGCCCUACCAGGCUUAUGUACGGUGUUGCCUCCGCCCCGGCCAUAUUUCAGCGUUUUAUGGAAGAAAUCCUCCAAGGUAUACCCGGCGUUACCGUCUUUAUUGACGAUAUUCGUGUCACUGGGCCGGACAGUAAAACGCAUUUGCUUCGACUCGAGGAGGUGCUGAAGAGGUUGGAAAAGUACAACUUGCGUGUCAAUAGGGACAAGUGUGACUUCUUCUCAGAUCGGAUUGAGUAUUGCGGUUACAUGGUCGACAAGGCGGGUAUCCAUAAGCUGCGCGAUAAGGUUGAUGCGAUACAAAACAUGCCGGUUCCGAAGAAUAAGGAACAAGUCCGGUCCUUUGUUGGGCUGAUUACAUACUAUGGUCGGUUUUUCCCAAACCUUAGUACGAUUUUGUAUACGCUCAAUAACUUGUUGAAAGAUGACGUGCCUUUUGUCUGGAGUAAGGAGUGUGAGAAAUCGUUCUUGUACGUCAAGAAGGAAAUGCAGAGUGACAGGUUCUUAGUCCACUAUGAUCCGUCGCUUCCGGUGGUUCUGGCUACCGAUGCGUCCCCGUAUGGUAUCGGGGCGGUCCUCAGUCAUCAAUACCCUGAUGGAACUGAGCGACCUUUGCAGUACGCCUCACAGACUCUUACCCGUACGCAGCAAAAAUAUUCGCAGAUUGACAAGGAAGCUUAUUCGAUCAUUUUCGGUGUUCGCAAGUUUCACCAAUACCUCUACGGUCGCAGGUUUACCCUUGUCACGGAUAACAAGCCCAUUAGUCAGAUUUUCUCAGAAUCCAAAGGACUCCCAACUAUGUCCGCAAUGCGCAUGCAGCACUAUGCGGCAUUUCUACAGGCUUUCGACUAUAGGAUUCGCCAUCGCCGGUCAUCCGAUCAUUUCAACGCCGAUGCCAUGUCCCGAUUACCGGCACCUCACACCGACCCCGAGUCGGAGAUUGAAGAGCCAGAUGCAGUUGAGGUGAAUGCAAUUCAGACGCUUCCGCUCACGGUUGAUGAGUUAGGUUCAGCUACCCUUUCUGAUGACAGUGUUCGUGAGUUAGUUCGUGCUUUGAGAACGGGGAAGGCAGUCGACGGCAAAUUUCGAUUCGGCGUGGAUCAAGAACAGUUCGGUUUGCAGAAGGAUUGUUUGAUGCGUGGUAGCCGUGUAUAUGUCCCCCCGUCGCUGAGAGUGAAGGUUCUUCGUGAACUUCAUUCAACGCAUUUCGGUAUUUCCAGAAUCAAGUCGCUUGCACGUAGCUACUGCUGGUGGGAAGGCAUAGACAAAGACAUCGAGAGUCUUGUUAAGGAUUGUGCUUCGUGUCAGGCUGCUAAGGCUAACCCACCGAAAGUUUCGUUCCAUUGCUGGGAUACACCCUCCGAACCGUUUCAACGGGUUCAUGCGGACUAUGCCGGUCCGUUCAUGGGUUUCUACUACCUGAUUCUGAUAGAUGCGUACUCUAAGUGGCCCGCGGUUUAUGUGGUCAAGAACAUGACUACCGAAACCACGAUUCGUUUUUGCAGGGAGUUUUUCAGUACUUACGGUCUACCUUCUGUUUUUGUAAGUGACAAUGGACCUCAGUUCACCUCCGCAGACUUCGCCAACUUUCUGAAAAUGAAUGGUAUUGUGCACAAACUCAGCGCACCGUACCACCCUGCCACAAAUGGCCAGGCAGAGCGGUUCAUACAGACGAUGAAGUCUAAGCUCAAAUCUUUGAACUGCAACCGUUCUGAAGUGCACGGCGAAAUCUGUAGUAUUCUCCUAUCGUAUCGAAAAAUGAUUCACCCUGCCACUGGAUACUCCCCCGCGAUGCUAGUUUUUGGUCGCCAGAUCCGGUCUAGGCUUGAUCUUAUGAUUCCGUCAAAGGAUCCGAACCGAAGCGAAGUUCAGUCUAAACGGGCUUGCCGGCAGAUCAAGGACUGCGUCGAUCGCAGCGGACGACCAAACCUCCGCAGCGGCUCAACCUGUAGCGAGAAGCUCGUUUCGCGGGGAAGAGCUGUUAUAUCCGAGCAGCGAUUCUGGCAGCACUGGAGCUGUCAACCGCACGAGCGCAAUCACUCGUGCCAACCUCCCAACCACAACAACUUCCGCAACGGGACCACACCGUAG